CUACAAUUAUGCUGAUUAGUGAUUGUAGGACAUUUACAGCUGUUAAGCAUUAUUGAUAAAGUACACAAUAAUGCGUUCCACCGACCUUCUCCCACCAUGCAAUUAGCGCCGCUUGUUCGUCAUGCAAACUACCUUUCUCUCAAUCGAAAUUACUCUCGCUUUCCUUCCCUUAGGUCAUGUUGUUCGCUCAAUUGCUCAAAGAAGAGAAAUUUCACUAGCUCCACAACCUCAUCCUCUAGAUAAAGCAAUUUUAUCACCACUGCACAGCAGACAACGGGAAACCCUCUCCCAAUACCCUCCCAACCUUGUUAACCAUGUCCACCGCCGGCGUGCACAUCGUCGCUUAUCCCUACCCAACCGCUAGCCACAUUAUACCCCUCCUCGACCUCACCCAGCGGUUACUCACCCGCGGCCUUACCGUCACAGUUUUGGUCACCCCCAAUAACCUCUCUUUACUUGAUCCCUACCUCUCAUCCCACCCAUCUUCUCUCAACCACUUGGUCCUCCCCGCUCCUGAUACUAGUAGUAGUAUUACGCCUCCCCCACUAAAGAGGCACAUUGCUAACAUGCGCGCCCUGCGUGACCUUCACUAUCCUAUCCUCCUCCAGUGGUUCCAAUCCCACUCCUCCCCGACUGUGGCUAUUCUUUCAGAUUUCUUCCUCGGCUGGACCCACCACCUCGCGUGCGAACUCGGCGUGCCGCGUAUCGUCUUCUCGCCCGCCGGCGCCUUUGGCAUGUCGGUGGUUUUUUCCUUGAUCCGCGACCUACCGAAGAACGAUGAUCCAGACAUCGACGUCAAUUUCCUUGUGUCGCUUCCGAGAAUCCCGAAUUCCCCUGUUUACCCUUGGUGGCAGGUCCCUCGCCUCUAUAGAAACAGUAAAGAAGGAGACCCAGAUUGGGACUUCUACAGAAAUAACAUGCUGGCCAAUACCGGGAGUUGGGGAUUCGUGUUUAACUCGUUCACGGAGUUGGAACGCGUUUACUUUGAGCAUUUGAAGAGAGAACUAGGGAAUGAUCGAGUGUGGGCUGUGGGUCCCGUAUUGCCUCCGGAGGAAGGUGAUUUGGAGGAACAGACUAACAGAGGUGGGGCCAGCUCUGUGCCAUGUUAUGAAGUCAUGACGUGGCUGGACUCUCAUCCCGCCAACUCGGUUGUCUACGUUUGCUUUGGUAGUCGUAUAGUGUUGACUAGUAAGCAAAUGGAUGUGCUUACUGCUGCGCUGGAACUUAGCGGUGUCUCGUUCAUUUUGUGCGAUGGGCAUGACGACCACGGUGUGAUUCCUGAUGGGUUCGAGGAUCGUGUGGACGGCAGAGGUUUAGUGAUCAAGGGGUGGGCCCCACAAGUGACCAUUCUGAGGCAUCGCGCCGUCGGUGCAUUCCUAACUCACUGCGGUUGGAACUCGGUGCUAGAAGGGAUUGCGGCGGGGGUUGUGAUUCUGACGUGGCCAAUGGAUACAGACCAGUUCACGAAUUCUACGUUGCUGGUAGACCAAUUAGGGGUGGGAAUCCUAGUUGGCGAGGGCGAUCAGAACAUUCCGGAGUCCACCGAAUUGGCUCGACUAUUGAGAAUCUCAAUUGUGGGAGGUAGGCCAGAGAGGGUCCAAGCCAAAAAGUUGAGUAAUGCAGCCCUGGCUGCCAUCAAUGGGGGAAGUUCAGAUCAAGAUUUAGACGAGAUAGUAAAGUUAUUAGCUGAUUAUAAAAAGUAAGAGCGUAGUUUAUUUUAUUCCAUCAUUUUGCCAAGUUUUUUUUUUCUUCAUUUCUUCUCUCCCCCCUACGUCUAACGUGGUACGAGGAAGAUUG